AUGACGGACAAUGUUCCAAUCGAUAUUAUCAGGUCCAACCAGGACGAGCAUGCCAUAGGGUCGAGGCAGCUUGACCAGCCUGCCAGUGAUCAACUGGAAGCCCUCCCAGCCGAGAUCGACCCCGGUGAGAAAUAUAAUCGAGAUGUACCGCCAGACGGCGGUUACGGCUGGGUCUGCGUUGCUUGUAUCUUCUGGAUGAAUGUCCAUACUUGGGGCAUCAACAGUAGUUAUGGAGUCUUCCUGAGCUACUAUCUCUCUCACAACGUGUUUCCAAACACCAGUGCUCUAUCCUACGCCUUUACGGGCGGCCUGAGUAUCUCAUGCGCGUUGCUGGUAGCUCCUCUCGCUACUUACCUGAUCCGGCUCCUCGGCACUCGCUUCGUGCUCAACCUGGGCGUUUUCUUCGAAGUGGUCUCCCUCAUCGGCUCAUCAUUCGUCACCCAGAAAUGGCAGAUCUUCCUCAGCCAGGGCGUCUGCUUCGGCUGGGGCAUGGGCUUCCUGUACGUAGGCAGCGCCGGCAUCACCCCCCAGUGGUUCCAUAAGCAUCGGGGCCUUGCCCAGGGCAUCACAGCUUCCGGCAGUGGCAUGGGCGGCCUGAUCUACUCGCUCGCGGUGGGUGCGAUCAUCCCCCGGCUGGGGCUGUCGUGGGCGUUCCGGAUUCUGGGGAUUACCUCCUUCGUCGUGAAUCUCGUUGCGUGCAACCUCCUGCGAGACAGGAACAAGGCGGUAGGCAGUCGUCUGAACCCGUUCCAUCUGCCGCUCUUGCGGCGGCCACAAUUCUGGAUGUUUCUGGGCUGGGGCUUUUUCAGUAUGCUGGGCUACAUCGCGCUAUUGUUUAGCGUCGCCAACUUUGCGCUCUCGAUCGGGUUGACUUCGCACCAGGGCAGUAUUGUCUCAGCGAUGCUGAACCUGGGCCAGGGCCUGGGUCGGCCUUUUGUCGGCGUGCUGAGUGACCGGCUGGGCCGGAUCAAUAUCGCUGCCUUCUUGACUUUUCUCUGUGGGCUCUUCUGUCUGGUUAUCUGGAUCUUUGCCGACAGUAUGGGCGUGGUCUGUUUCUUCGCUGUUCUCACGGGCACGGUGAGCGGGACUUACUGGGCCUCUGCGAGCCCCGUUCUGGCGGAGAUUAUCGGCCUGAGAGACUUGCCGUCUGGUCUGAGUCUGGCGUGGCUUUGGCUCGUUCCGCCGUGCACUGUCUCCGAGGCGAUCGCGUUAGAGCUGCGUCGGCCGACGGCUAAUGGUGGGACGUCAUAUCUUCAUGUGCAACUAUAUGUUGGAUUUGUCUAUAUAGGCGCUGCCGCGUGUCUAUGGGUGGUGAGGGCGUGGAAGGUCGGCGAGGUAGAGCAGGCUGAACAAAGGCAGGUCUCUGCCGUACCUGACAAUCCGCUGGUUGGAAAUAAUGCAACGAAGGAGAAGCGGGAGCAGCCUGCGACUAGUUCGUCUGGUCCUGCCCCGGAAACUACUGGUGCAGAGCUCUGGGCUCCAGUGGGCUUGAUCCGCAGAAUGGGCGCACUGAGACGUGUAUAG